AUGUUUUCUUAUAUAAGGUUUAUUUUAGUUUCAGCAAACCAGAUCUCCCGCUUAUACAGUAGGUUUACUAAUUUGGAUAAGAAUAAUAAUGGAGUAUUAAGCCGAGAAGAUUUUCUACGCAUUCCAGAACUUGCUAUCAAUCCACUCGGAGAUCGUAUUGUUCACUCUUUCUUUCAAGAAAGCAAUGAAGAAACUGUCAACUUUCGCCAGUUCAUGCGUGUUCUUGCCAGAUUCCGUCCUACAAAGACAAAACUUGAGAGAAACAAGCUCAACUCCAGAGAGGAAAAACUUAAAUUUGCAUUCAAAAUGUAUGACUUGGAUGGAGAUAGCAAGAUUUCCAGAGAAGAACUCUUGGCUGUUCUUCACAUGAUGGUUGGCACAAAUAUUUCCGAAGAACAGCUUGAAAGUAUUGCAGAUCGAACAAUUGCUGAGGCCGACACUGAUGGAGACAGACAUAUCUCUUUUACAGAAUUCUUAAAAGUGAUGGAACGAGUGGAUGUUGAACAGAAAAUGAGCAUUCGUUUCCUGCAUUGA